CCCCUCUCUCUCGUCAAUUGGGUUUCAGAAUUUUGAUAUAUAGAGGAGAGAGAGAGAGAAUGUCAGGAGGGGGCACACAGAAGAGCUUACGGAAAGCACUUGGAGCCCUCAAGGACACCACCACAGUUUCGUUGGCUAAAGUCAAUAGUGAUUACAAGGAAUUGGACGUUGCCAUAGUCAAAGCUACAAAUCAUGUUGAGCGUCCAGCUAAGGAAAAAUAUAUCAGAGCCAUUUUUUCUGCCGUUUCUGCUACAAGACCUCGGGCUGAUGUCGCAUACUGCAUCCAUGCUCUUGCAAGAAGGUUAUCGAAGACACAUAAUUGGGCGGUUGCAUUGAAAACUUUAGUUGUUAUUCAUCGUGCUUUGAGGGAAGUGGACCCUACUUUUCAUGAAGAACUCAUGAAUUAUGGUAGAAGUAGAAGCCAUAUGCUUAACUUGGCUCAUUUCAAAGAUGAUUCCAGUCCAAAUGCAUGGGAUUAUUCCAACUGGAUUCGUACUUAUGCUUUGUUCUUGGAGGAGAGACUGGAAUGCUUCCGUGUGUUGAAAUAUGACGUUGAGAUGGAUCGCCCAAGGACCAAAGAUCUGGAUACUGUCGAAUUGCUUGAGCAUUUGCCUGCUUUGCAACAGCUUCUUUUUCGUGUACUUGGUUGCCAGCCACAAGGGGCAGCAGUUCAUAAUUUUGUGGUUCAAUUAGCACUUCAAAUGGUUGCUUCUGAAAGCAUCAAGAUUUAUCAAGCUAUAAGUGAUGGAACAGUCAAUUUGGUUGACAAGUUCUUUGAGAUGCAACGCCAUGAUGCUGUGAAAGCCCUGGAUAUAUAUCGGAGGGCAGGGCAGCAGGCAGAGAGACUUUCAGAGUUUUAUGAAGUAUGUAAAAGUCUUGAUAUUGGGCGUGGAGACAAGUUUAUCAAGAUUGAGCAGCCACCUGCAUCAUUUUUACAAGCCAUGGAAGAAUAUGUGAGAGAAGCUCCCCGGGUCUCAACAGUUCGCAAGGAUCUGGUGGUUGACAAUAAGAUUAAUGCCCCAAAGGAAGUCUUGGCUAUAGAAUACAAAAACACCCAAGAGGCGGAGGCACGCCCACCUUCACCACCUCCACCUGAACCAGUGAAAGUUGAAGCACCUAUAGCUGAACCUCCUGACCUGCUGGGUUUGAAUGAUCCUGUUCCAGAUACCAAAGAUUUGGAUGAGAAGAAUGCUAUGGCUUUAGCUAUUGUUCCAGUAUCGGAUCAACCACCUUCUACAGCUCCAAUUCACGCAAAUGGAACUACAGGUUGGGAAUUGGCACUUGUUACAGCACCAAGCUCAAAUGAGAGUGCCACAGCUGCUAGCAAACUGGCGGGCGGGUUGGACUUGCUUACACUAGAUAGCCUAUACAAUGAUGCAAUCAGAAGAAACCAUCAGAAUGUGAGCUACAACCCAUGGGAGCCUGUUCCAGUGGCUGGUGCCAUGAUGCAACAACCAGUUCAUGAUCCCUUUUAUGCAUCCAACACAAUGGCUGCACCGCCUUCUGUGCAGAUGGCAGCAAUGGCCAACCACCAGCAGGCCUUCAUGUUGCAGCAACAGCAGCAGAUGAUGAUGAUGGGUCCACAACAGCAGCAGUCUUUGAACCCUUUUGGAAAUCCUCAUGCAGCCACUACCCACCCCUAUGGCCCCGGUGUGCCUGUCCAAGCAUACAAUCCAUAUACCGGCCUUUUAUAGCUGGUUUGUCAAGCAAUACAUCUUUAUCGAGAAAUACGGGGAAGAAAGGGACAUGAAAGCAUAGUCAGUUUUAGAUAUCGAGCAUCGGAAUCGGAAAUUUGGAGAGACAGACGUGUACCAUAUGUUUUGUAUGUGCAGUGGUUAGCUAGGAUUAAGAUUCUUUGUUAAAUAAAUAGUCAGAGGGGAGGACUUUGAGCUAUUUGGUGAUUUGCAUUCAUGUUGUGGGGAGACUACACACUAAAAUUCUUUUGACCUGCUUUAUUGCUGUUGAGACUCGAGCAGGAAAUCUUAUUUCAACUCUUUUUCAGUUUCUUUCUGUUUUCCUCCCCCUCUCCUUUGGUCCUUAAGGAUCUCUAUAAAAUUAUAGAAAUUAUUUGUAAUUUGUGAUUGUUGAUAACAGACAGUUAUGUAACGAGGAGACAUUAAAUUUGAUUUA